GCAGCAGCAGCGGUGGCAGCGGCAGAAGCAGCGGCAGCAGCGGCUUGGAGCAGCCGCACCUUCACCACUGGAUCCUCGGCGUCGCUGCCUGUUUGUUCCCCUGAAGAAGCAGAAACAGCAGCAGCAGCAGCGGCAGAAGAAGAAGAAGAAGACUAGGGAUUGUGUUGCGUUCACAGUUUGCGGAGACACUGCGGUUGCCUGGUGCUCUCAUAGCACAGGAAUACAUUAGCCAAGAUGAUGUGCGAGGUGAUGCCCACCAUCAGCGAGGACACGGCGAUGAGCCAGCGGGGCUCGCAGAGCAGCUCCUCGGACCCGGACUCUCACUUUGAACAGCUGAUGGUCAACAUGCUGGACGAGAGGGACCGGCUGCUGGACACGCUGAGGGAGACCCAGGAGAGCCUGGGACUGGCCCAGCAACAUCUCCAGGACGUCAUCUAUGACCGCGACUCACUGCAGCGCCAGCUCAGCUCCGCCCUGCCACAGGAGUUCGCCGCACUGACCAAGGAACUGAAUGCCUGCAGGGAGCAGCUGCUGGAGAAGGAGGAGGAGAUCUCGGAGCUCAAAGCGGAGAGGAACAACACGAGGCUGCUGCUGGAACAUCUGGAGUGCCUGGUGUCCAGACACGAGCGGUCGCUUCGCAUGACAGUGGUCAAGCGUCAGGCUCAGUCUCCGUCAGGAGUGUCCAGUGAAGUCGAGGUCCUCAAAGCACUCAAGUCCUUGUUCGAACACCACAAAGCCCUCGACGAGAAGGUACGGGAGAGACUACGGGUGUCACUGGAGAGGGUGUCCGUCUUGGAGGAGGAGCUUACAGCAGCCAAUCAGGAGAUUGUGGCCUUACGGGAACAGAAUGCUCACAUCCAGAGGAAAGUGGCGUCUGGAGAUGGAAGCGAGGACCUGCUGGACGGCACUGAAGCUCAGCAGAAGGUCCACAACAAGCGUCUGUCCAACGGCUCGCUGGAGUCGGCGCACGAGGCGAGCCAGGUGGUGGAGCUGCAGGAUCUGCUGGAGAAGCAGAACUACGAGCUGGCCCAGAUGAAGGAGCGCAUGUCCUCGCUCUCGUCCCGCGUCUCCGAGGUGGAGCAGGAGCUGGAGACGGCGCGCAAGGACCUCAUCAAGUCGGAGGAGAUGAACAACAAGUACCAGAGGGACAUCAAAGAGGCCAUGUGUCAGAAGGAGGACAUGGAGGAGCGGAUCGUGACGCUGGAGAAGCGCUACCUGAGCGCCCAGCGGGAGUCGACCUCGGUGCACGACAUUAACGACAAGCUGGAGAACGAGUUGGCGAAUAAGGAGGCGUUUCUCAGGCAGAUGGAGGAGAAGAACAGGCAGCUACAGGAGCGGCUGGAACUCGCCGAGCAGAAGCUCCAGCAGACCAUGAGGAAGGCCGAGACGCUGCCGGAGGUCGAGGCCGAACUGGCCCAGAGGAUAGCGGCCCUCACCAAGUCCGACUCCAGCUCCUCUUCCUCCCCCGAUGAUUAUCACUUUGUUAUGGAAGCUAAACUCCAAGACAUGAACUCCAUUCUUAGGAAGGCGGAGGAGCGUCACGGCAGCAUCGAGGAGCGGAUGAGGCACUUGGAAUGCCAGCUGGAGGAGAAGAACCAGGAGCUGCUGCGGGCUCGACAGCGGGAGAAGAUGAACGAAGAGCACAACAAGCGACUCUCGGACACGGUCGACCGACUCCUCACCGAGUCCAACGAGCGACUGCAGCUCCACCUCAAGGAGAGGAUGGCGGCGCUGGAGGAGAAGAACGUCUUGAUCCAAGACUCGGAGGGUUACAGGAAACGGUACGAGGAGUCGAUCCAGGAAAAAACACACCUGGCGGAGGAGAUCGACAAACUGCGAUCGGAGCUCGACCAGUUCAGACUGAGGGCAGGCUCCCUCACAGAACCCACUCUGUCCAGGUCUCACUUGGACACGUCAGGCGAGCUGCGGUUCUCGCUGGGAUCUUUGGCCGAGACGCAGUCUGACCACUACCGCUCGGCCAAGGUCAUCCGCCGGCCGAGGAGGGGUCGGAUGGGUCUGCGUGAAACCAAGGCCAAAUCGCUCGGGGAGCACGAGUGGCGCUCGCAGCAGCUGGGCGUUCUGGGCGGCCACCACUUCGAGAGCGACACGGAGAUGUCGGACAUCGACGACGACGACAGGGAAACGCUGUUCAGCUCCAUGGACAUGCUGUCGCCCGGCGGCCACUCCGACGCCCAGACGCUGGCCAUGAUGCUGCAGGAGCAGCUGGACGCCAUCAACAAGGAGAUUCGGCUCAUACAGGAGGAGAAGGAGUCGACAGAGCUGCGGGCUGAGGAGAUCGAGAACCGCGUGGCCAGCGUCAGCCUCGAGGGCCUCAACCUGGCGCGCAUGCAUCACCACGGCGCCUCCAUCACUGCCUCCGCCACCGCCUCCUCCCUGGCCUCCUCCUCCCCGCCCAGCGGUCACUCCACUCCCAAACUCGACCCGCGCAGUCCGGCUCGAGACAUGGAGCGCAUGGGCGUCAUGACACUGCCCAGUGAUUUGAGGAAACACAGGAGAAAGAUAGCAGCGGUGGAAGAGGACGGUCGCGAAGACAAGGCCACCAUCAAGUGCGAGACAUCGCCUCCUCCAACGCCACGUACCGUCCGAAUGACACACACACUGCCGGCCUCCUCGCACAACGACGCACGAGGGAUCGUGGCGUCUCUGGAGGCCGAGGCCUUGAGUAGCGUCGCCAGCAGCCAAGACUCCCUCCACAAGCAGCCGAAGAAAAAGGGCAUCAAGUCCUCCAUCGGGCGGCUUUUUGGCAAGAAGGAGAAAGGUCGACUGGGGCACAUGGCGCACAGACAGGUCAUGGUGGAUCCACAAGCAACCCUGAUGGACGCUGACAUGGCGGGCCAGGAAAUCGGUGUGAGCAAGCUGGGGACGCAGGCCGAGAAGGACCGCAGGUUGAAAAAGAACAGUGUCCAGGAUUAAGGCCACACCCACCACCUUGCAUCUUGGCGCCUCCUCCACUGCGCUGCAUGCCAUUAAGCUGCCUGCUCUGUUUUUCCAUUUCAGCAUCUUGAUCGAUCAGUACCCGCUGUGGUUCUCAUUGUGUGUGUUUUUUUUUUUUUUUUUUGCUUUUUCUCUCUCUAUAAAGAGGAAAACAACAAAUAAGUGAAUGUAACUUUGAAGCAUUUGAAUGUAAGUUGGCGGGGGGUAGCGGGGGGUAACGGGGUCUUGCUGGUGUUUGUUUUCGGUGCAUUCCCCAUUUCCUCUGCUGCACGAGAUGUGGUCAGGACUGCAUUGUAGAAGACAACGUGAUUUGACUGGUCUACAGAUGCCUCCUGUUGACGAAUGCCCUCCAUUGUGAAAAUCUGUGUGUGCG